CACAGUGACAAAAAAAAAUCAAUUAUUAUUUGUAUUGUUUAGAAAUCUCUAUUUACCAAUGAAAAACCCACAAGUUUAACACUUCCCCCUCUUCGUAAGGAGAAAUGUUAAACAAACGACACAUCAACAAUUAAUUUUGUGCCAAAGCACACUGUUUCCAGCUUGAACCAAUCACAAUCAGUAAACAAAACUUAAUACCUCCUCCAAAAUCGAACGUUUUCUUUCAAGUUAGCCCAAUGGAACGUAUUAGGUACCACAGACAAUUCAAAAUGAAAAGAGAAUGGAACAUUUUUUGUGAGUCAUAACUAGCCUGAUAUUUAGCAAUAAUUCAUUCAUUCAUCUGUUAGCUGUUGGAGAAAAUACAUUGUGAAAAAUGAACAAAGAGGAGCUAAAAGAAAAAGUUUUGAAAUUUCUCGAAGAAUUCGAAGAAAGUAUUUCAAGCUUAACGGAAAACAGGCAAAGCAUAAAAAGAAUUCAAAUGCUAGAGAGCAUGUACGUCGGCAGACUCGCAAACGAGAAACAGAAAUCUAAGACUUUAAGCAACGCUGAGCCUAAAAACAAUUCCUGUGUUACUCAAAUGGCUGUACCAGAAUACAAUUUUCCCACGCCAUUUAAAGUGCCACAGCCAGCUGUAUUAAGACGCAAAUGCAAAAAUUGUUAUGUUACUCAAAUGGGUAUGCCAGAAUACAAUUUUCCAACGGCAUCUAGAGUGCCACAGCCAGCUGAAUUAAGACGCAAAUCGACAAAUUCGUGUGUUACCCAAAUGGCUAUGCCAGCAUUUGAAGUACCACAGCCAGCUGAAUGGAAAAAUGCUGGUGUUACCCAAAUGGCAAUGCCAGAAAAUAAUUUUCCUCCAGCAUUUGAAGUACCACAGCCAGAAUAUUUUAUUAUGUGUACACCAAACGAAGAAAAUAAUUCUAUGACGUUAAGCACCGCUGAGCUUCAAGAUAUUUCCGGUGUACCUCAAACGGCUACUUCAGAAUAUACUUCGUCUACGGCACCAAAAGUAUCACCGAAAAAUGAAUUCUAAGACGUUAAGCAGUGCUGAGCUUCAAGAUAUUGUGUGUCUUAAAUGACAAAGAAAUGCAAAACAAUGAUUGAAGUAUUAAAAUAAAAUUAUUUUUUUUGCAAAUAA